GUCAAAAAAAACGGCAACAAGCAACAAAUCGUUGUAAAAACGGAAUUAUAUCAGAUAAAAGUUUGGUUUUUAAUUGUUUGGUGUCAUUUUGUUUAAAGUUGAUUUAAUGUUAACACUUCCAUACACGUAACACAAUAUGAUUGACGAAAACAUCACAGUCAGCGAUAGUUCUGAUUUAGAAGAGGGCGGAACUCCUGAACUUCGCGGAUACCUAAGCAAAUGGACAAACUAUAUACACGGCUGGCAGGAUAGAUUUAUUGUCCUUAAGGAUUCUACUUUAUCUUAUUACAAGAAUGAACUCGAAAGUAAUCUAGGAUGCCGCGGUGCCUUAUGUCUGAAAAAAGCUAAAGUCAAGCCUCACGAGUUUGAUGACUGUAGAUUCGAUGUUUCUGUUAGCGACUGCGUUUGGUACUUAAGAGCGUCUAAUCCAGAGGAGAAACAGCAAUGGAUUGAUAUUCUAGAGUCUUUCAAACCACUGAAGGCAGAUGAGCGGGCUGUUCAAUUGACAGUGAACUGUCACCGUCGCCCGUGGACAUCUUCAACGCCAGAGGUUGAAUCAGGGUACGGUACAAGUUCAGAUAGUAGCUCAAAUGGAGGAGGUCUUCAAAGGCAUGGUUCUGCCACUUCACUACAGUCUACAGGGUCACACGGUCACUCUACACGUCGCCUCACAGAGAAAAUCACUGAGCUGGAAACGUACAAUGAGCUUCUGUCAAAGCAAGCAAUACAACUGCAACAAUACUUCGAUAUGUGUAUCGAUUCUUACCCAAAAAUUGAUGAUGCUAAUGAUGCGAUAGAUGCUGUUAAAUUAGCCGAUGGCAACGAUCUCAGAGUGCACGCAGGCGAAGUGCGGGCGACGAGUACGUCGUUCCGAGCGACUUGCGGCGCGACGGUGGCGACGCUGCAGCACUGCGUCGAACUGUUGCGUCGACGCGAGAAGCAGGCGAGACAAGCCGAGGACUUAUAUAUGGCUCUCAAGACUCAACUAAAUGAAGCGAGAUUAGCAUCCAAACCCGGACCAGACCACGAGGAGGGUCCACACUCCACCCUCCCCGACGACGAGUUCCACGAUGCGAUCGAGACAGGCUUCGACAAAAUGGAGGAGGAGCGGUGCACGAGGGUGGUGCCGGCCGUACACACCCGCGACCAGAUUGAAUUGCCACCGCCGGCCAUCGAUAACCGUCUCACCGUACAUCCCCUGUGGCCGGAGAUUGACAGGAUAUCGACAGAACAAAUACAGGCCGCGUUCGAAGGUGUCGGCGGUGAAAUCGGGUGGCAGUUGUUUGCUGAAGAGGGGGACAUGAGAAUGUACAGAAGGGAGGUGGAAGUCGACGGCAUGGUGAUGGAUCCUCUGAAGGCGAUGCACAAGGUGCGAGGCGUCUCCGCGCGUGAGAUGUGUCAUUACUUCUUCAACCCGAGAUACAGAUACGAAUGGGAAACUACCCUAGAACAGAUGACGAUAGUAGAAGAGAUCUCAUCGGACGCGCUGGUGUUCCACCAAACGUUCAAGCGGAUCUGGCCGGCGUCGCAGCGGGACGCACUGUUCUGGUCACACGUGAGGGCCUCCAGCGAAAACACCUUCGCUGUAACCAACCAUUCCACUACCAACACGGAAUAUCCAGCGAACUCUAGUGCGUGCAUCCGUUUGUUCGUGACCGUGUGUCUGGCUUGCCGCAGCACGUACCCGGCCGGCGAGCAGCCCACGCGGGAUAAUAUCACCACGAGCAUCGCCUAUUGCAGUACAGUGAACCCUGGAGGUUGGGCACCGGCCGGCGUGCUCCGCGCGGUGUACAAACGUGAAUAUCCCAAGUUCCUGAAGCGUUUCACCGGCUACGUCGUCGACCAGUGCAAGGACAAACCUCUCGCCAUCUAGCGGCGCGAUAACUCAACUGUUGACGCGCGCGCCCGCACGCAAUGCGAGCUCACGUUAUUUAUUAUUAUGUUUUAGUGUUAUCGUUGUAUGACGUCGAUGUUGCGUGAUAAGAAGGUAUCGUCAUAAAAAUUCAAAUCAGCCGAAAUAAUGAAUGUUGAUAAACCCGUUGUUCUAAAUACAGAUGGCUUAUCAACUCUAAUACGUUCGCUGUAUAUAUAAAUUUAUAUCAAUCAAUUACUGCUGGUAGGACCUCUUGAGUCCGCGCGGGGAUAGGUACCACCGCCCUGCCUAUUUCUGCCGUG